GCUGCCCCCUGAGCCUCUCAUCCCUUCGCCCAGGGACUCGCUUCCGGCCCUUGUCCUUCGAAGUCCCGAAGCCGCUGUUCCCGGUGGCUGGGGUGCCCAUGAUCCAGCACCACAUCGAGGCCUGCACCAAGAUUCCAAGCAUGAAGGAGAUUCUCCUUGUGGGUUUCUACCAGCCCACCGAAGCCCUGAGCCGCUUCCUGGUAUCUGCGCAGCAGGAGUUUAAAAUCCCAAUCAGGUAUCUGCAGGAGUACGCAGCCCUGGGCACAGGCGGUGGCAUCUAUCACUUCCGGGACCAGAUCCUGUCGGGUGGCCCGGACGCCUUCUUCGUCCUCAAUGCAGACGUGUGCUCAGAGUUCCCCCUGCCGGAGAUGCUGGCUUUCCAGCAGCAGCACGGAGACCCGCAGAGCUUUGUCAUUCUGGGCACCACUGUGAGGGGGGGGCUGGGCCAGCCCCAGGCUGCAGGGAGCCUCGGGACCCACCUGAACAGAGCCUGCUGACGCUGUGCUCUUUCCCCAGGCCAGC